AUGUCCUCGAGUCAACAAGCAUCGACGUCCCAGACGCAGUCUAGCGCUACAUCGUCUCAGCCAUCACAACCCCAGCUCUCCCGCCAGCAAGCCGAACAAGCUCGCAAGGACAGGACACUUGCGGAUUUCUUGCUGAUGCUAGACGACUACGAGCCAUUGAUUCCCAACGAGGUCACGGAUUACUAUCUGCAACGAGUUGGCUUUGACUGCCAAGACGUCCGAUUAAAGCGACUAUUGUCACUGGCCGCUCAGAAAUUCGUUUCCGAUAUCGCCGCAGAUGCGUACCAACACGCGCGAAUCCGCACGAAUGCAUCGGCUGGGCGGUCGCGUACAGCAGGUGGUGCUAGGGUGCGCUAUCCAUUCCAUCCCGGUAAGGAUAAGACACGUACCACCUUAACCAUGGAGGAUCUUGCCGGCGCCCUGCAAGAGUACGGCAUCAAUGCCCGCAAGCCCGACUUCUAUAUGUAA